CUUGUCCUUCACGAAUCGCAAUAACUGCAACGGAACCAUGUCUUCGAAUUUGAAUGAAGUUCAGAAUGCUACUGUCGGUAUGACGGUUGGCGUUAUCGAGGUUGUCAUAUUGCAACCCUUCAAUUACGCUAAAAACAUGGUCCAACAAGCGCAACCCAUUUCCUUGUCGCCGGCGAAAUGGUACCGCGGCGUAGGCGCUAACAUGGUGAAUAUGGGAAGCUGCACCAUGAUUCAGUUUGCCGUUGGCGGAAAGCUAAAGAAUCUUGUACUCAAUGGUGAUACGCGCAAUCUCUCCCUGGCGGAAGAAAUGUCCUGCGGUAUUGGUGCAGGGACGGUAUCCGCCUUGGUCGGUAGUCCACUCGAACUGAUCAUGAUUCAACAACAGCGCAAAGGAGGUAACACGCUAUCGACGAUCAAGAAUAUUGCGGCGAACCCGGUCAACAUUUCGCGUGGUUUCGUCGGCGCUGCUGUCCGAGAAGCCUUGUGGACCUGUGGCUACCUUAGUAUCCCUCCUGUCGUUCGUCGGACUCUUAUGGAAAGUUAUCCGGAACAGUUUCCGGACAAAAAUAAAGCACGCGUUCCGGCCGCAUUAUUGGGUGGCCUGUUUGCCUGCUACAUGACGCAUCCGUUCGACACCAUUAAAACGUGCAUGCAGGGUGAUAUUGAACGCACUGCCUACGGUACGUUUACCCAAACGGCCAGUAAAAUUUGGGGAGACUCAUCGUUACCGGGCUUUUAUCGUGGUGCCACCUUUCGGUACGGACGAAUGGUGUGUGCUGUCUUCAUCAUGGACUAUAUGAAAGAUUUUAUGGGCCAGCUCAUGUAUCCGGAAGCCUUCAAGUAG